GUCUAAGACAUGAGUUCCACGACCUUUGCGUCACGAGUCACCACUGCUCUCUUACUUUAUAACUUGCGUGUUCCUGGUAUUGCUCGAUAAUGGCGUCCAUAACUCAGGGAGGCAUCAUCCUUUUCGUCUGUACUGUAAUAUUUACUAUUUUCGACAUUUUCUUUAUAUUUCUCCGUUUCUGGGCCGCUCACAUAAUCCGGUGCCGUAUCUAUCCAGAUGAUUAUUUCAUCGUUCUGUCUUUUCUCAAUACGCUGGCUUUGGAGGCCGUGUUGACCUGGGCUAUCUUUUUCGGCGGUAUGGGCCAUUACAUAACCGAAUUAACAACUAUAGAGCUUCAAAUCACUCUCAAAGCAAUCCCGGCAGCUUACGUCACUUGGACAUUAGGGACCGCUGCUUUCAAACUGUCGGUUCUGUUCCUCUAUGCUCGUAUCUUCCCUACUAAGGCGUUUACAAUAUUGUGCUACGCGAUGAUGGUUCUCUCUAUUGCCUACUGCGUUUCCUUCCUCGUAGUGUUUCUUACAACAUGUUCGCCGGACAUCUCGCAGUUAUGGAACCCGAGGACUGAUGGUCACUGUCGUGACCUGAAUAUCGGCCAGGUAGGCUCAGUCAGUACCAAUCUCGCAAUAGAUAUCCUCAUUGUGAUCCUACCUAUGCCUUUCUUAUGGAACCUCAAGAUGAGCUUACGAAACAAGAUCGUGAUCAGUCUGGUGUUUAGUCUCGGGUUAAUAACCGUUGGCAUAAUGAUUUGGAGAAUAUACGAUCUUGUCACAAAAGGUGGGGGCGAUUACGUUUACCAGAUGCCAACUCUUGCCCUCACAACAACACUAGAGCUGUGGAUUUGUAUUGUUAUUGCUUGCAUCCCAACUCUGGGGCCCGUCUUCAAAACCUAUGUCGCACCCCUGAUUUCCAAGCUCACAGGGUCCCAAAGGUCGUCUGGCGUUCGCUUUAACCCCCGCAGCCUUGUUACGUUUGGAAGACUCGGUGAUCGUCGACGCCGAGGAGUAUAUACGACAAAUGGUAGUGACGAUCUGGUAAACGCCGAUACCAGAGCCGGAAUGAGCGGCAUGCUGACUGCUCCGUUGGGAUCAGACGUAUUCACAACCCAAAUUACGAGUUGUGCUCGUCCGGACAGGCUGGAGCUCCCAGACGAAAACGUUCCCCGCGUGUAAUAAGAUAUUACUCAUCUCAAAUGACCUCAAACCAGGAUUCUAAAUUAUUUCGUCAUGUUACUAUAUUAUUUUCAAUUUUCUUUACUAUUUUUAGUGGAUCACUGCCGAUAUCGUGUAUUAGUUUUAGUUAGUUCGGAGCCGAGGUGGAUGUUACCUCCGGGUCCCCACUUUCGGAAGAGCCGAUCAAGAUAGGGACAAGUCGGCAUCGUCGUGACCGUUCUAUGUGAAGUUGAUGGGGAGAUUAUUUGAGUUACAGUGCCGAAUCAAAGUCUGGAUCUACGGGAGAACAGUUUU